AUGACCGAGGUGCGGCACGUGCUGGCGCUGCUGCCGGGCUCAGUCGGCUCGCUGCGCCUCUCCCGCCUAAGGCCGCCCCCCGUGCUGCUGCCGGCGCGUGCCCUCGGAAACACGAACAUAAGGGACCUGCGCAUCGCACGCUCCGGCGUGCGCCGGCUGCACGAGGACUGCUUCACCGGCCUGGAGGCGUCGCUGCGCAGCGUGGCGCUGCCGCAGAACGGCCUGGGUCGCGUGCCUCGCGCCGCGCUGCAGCCGCUGCGGGCGCUGCGCCGGCUCGACCUGGAGGGUAACCUUAUCCGCCGGCUGGAGGGCUACGAGCUGCACGGUCUCAGCCUGAGAACACUCGUGCUCAAGGGCAAUGCGAUCGGUGAGGUGGCCGAGCACGCGUUCGCCGGGCUCGAGGACACGCUGAUUGAGCUGAAUCUGGCGCACAACCGGCUGGCGGUGGUGCCGUGGCGCGCGUUGCGCCAGCUCAAGGUUGUGCGCGAGCUGAGCCUGACGCGCAACCAGAUCUCGGCUGUGGCCGGCAAUGGUCGCUGGCGGCUAGAAUUGCUUCAGACGCUCGACCUCGGCCACAACCGGCUGCGCACGCUGCCGGCGGCUAGCUUCGCCGCCUUCCCGGCGCUGCGGCGGCUCUCGCUGCACCGGAACGGCGUGGCGACGGCGGACGGCGCGGCGCUGGCCGGCGUCGGCCUCCUGCAGACGCUCGACCUCAGCUCCAACCGGCUGCUGGAGCUGGACGGCCGCCUGCUGCAGUCCUGCCCUCGGCUCCGUGUGCUCGACCUCAGUGGCAACCACCUGCACCUGCUGCCGGCCGGCCUGCUCGCCGCGCAAAGCCAGCUCCGCGAACUCUUCCUGUCCGACAACAGCCUGAUCGAACUGACUGAGGACAUGUUUGCCAACGCCUCGAAGCUUUCCGUGCUGCACCUGCAGAACAACGACAUCGAGUUUGUCGGCGGUACGUCGUUCUCGACGCUCGGCGAACUGUCUCAGCUGCAUUUGAGCGGGAACCGCAUCGCUAAGCUCGACGAUCGAGUUUUUGCCGCGAACAGAAAGCUUGCCAUGCUCAGCCUGGACAAUAAUCUUAUCGUCGAUCUAGCCGAAGGCGUUUUCUCGCAGCUGACCAAACUGUCAUCUCUCAGGCUGCAAAACAAUAGGAUAAAGAACAUUCGGACAGAAGAUUUCGCAUCGUUGUCAAGCUUGGAAGAACUGCAUAUGCAGGAGAACAACAUUGUCCGAGUGGAGCCGUCGUCUCUUGUCAAACUGCAUAACCUACAGCACCUUGACCUGCGGAGAAAUCGCCUAAGCAGCCUGGAAAUUUUCUUCAGCCAGGCACCCACGAACUUAAUCUCUCUCCAGGUGGACAGCAACCAACUGACAACAAUUUCGAAGCACUCCAUGAGGCACCUGCUGUCGUUGGAAAUUCUUCGGCUGAACAAUAACGGCAUCUCGCAUAUAUCCCCCGGAGCUUUCGCGGAUUUGUCGAACGUGCGUAAACUUUACCUGCAAGACAACCUGAUCCGGUACAUCGCCAACGGCACAUUCGUUGGCUGCAGGCGGCUCAACGUCCUCGAUCUGAGCAACAACAACUUAAGUGCGAUCGAUAGUCCGAUGCUCCUGGGACUCACCAGGCUCGAGAGCCUUAAACUCGCCGACAAUAACAUAGCCGACAUUCGUGCUCGCUCUUUUCAAAGCUGCCAAUACCUGACAGAGCUUGACAUAAGCGGCAACCCAGUGGGCAAGUUACGGCGAGUGAUGUUUGAGAACGCUCCGGCCAUGAAGCGGCUCGUCCUGCGGCGCUGCACAAUAGUCAGCAUAGAGCAGGGAACCUUCCAUAAACUUUCACUUCUGAAGGAGCUUGACCUACGGGAAAACGUGCUGCAUCGCGUGGGGCCUGACCUUGGUUGGCCGUCUGGCCUGGAGCGAUUGUUUGUGUCGCUGAACAGGGUUGGCGAUGUGGAUGUGAACAAUCAGGUUGGCUUACCUGAACUUGUUGUGCUGGAAAUGGAGGCCAUGAACAUUCGCAGUGUAUCAGAAAACAUGGUGCCGUCCGAGUGUCAGAUGAAGGUGCUCAAGCUAGGUCUUAACGAGAUAUCGUCUCUAAAUAGCUCACUUUUGAUGCGCCUCAUGCAGCUCCAGGAACUACAUCUAAACUCAAACCUAAUCCAAACCGUCUCUUUCCCCCGCCUGCCCAGUUUGAGAGUGCUGAAUUUAAGCGGUAAUCAGCUGUCUCGGAUCACAGACUCGACAGUUUACGGCCUGGCGGGUCUGCGGGUGCUGGACCUCUCCCACAACCAGGUCUCCCACAUCUUAGGACGCCCGUUCGCCGCCGUCCCCCGCCUGCACACCCUGCGGCUGCAGCACAACCGGCUGCGGCAGCUGCCGGCCGGUGGCCUGACCCACGCGUCCCUGCUCACUCUCGACCUGGCGCACAACCGGCUGGAGCACGUGCCACCCGCGGUCACCGACGGCGCUCUGCCCGCGCUGCUCACCCUUAAUCUGACCGGCAACCCGCUGCACGAGCUGCUGCGCGAGCGGCAGCGGCGCGACGCGCGCGCGCCGGCGCUGCGCGAGCUGCACGCGUGCCACACGGAGCUGACCAGCGUGGCCUCGCAUGACCUCACCGGCUUCGGGGGCCUGCGCGUGCUGCGCCUCUGCCACGCCAGGAUCUCGCGCGUCGCGCCGGGCGCGUUCGGCGCGCUCGGCCGGCUGGUCAGCCUGGACCUGGGCCAUAACGACCUGGAGGCGCUACCCAGCGAGCGUCUGCGCGGCCUGCAGGCGCUGCGCUCGCUCAACCUGACGCACAACGCGCUGCGGCGCGUCGAGCGGCUGCCGGCUGACCUGCGCCGGCUGCAGCGACUCGAUCUGUCGCGAAACACGCUGACUGAGCUGCGCGCCGGCCCGCUGGCCGCGCUCACGGCGCUGCGCGACCUGCACCUCGGCCGCAACUGGCUGCAGCGGCUGGAGGCGCGCAGCCUGGACGGCCUCCUGCAGCUGCGCCGGCUGGAACUGGGCGACAACGGGCUGGAGACGCUGCCGCCGCGCCUGCUGUCCGGCGUCGAGGCCACGCUGCGCGCCGUCGAUCUGACAGGGAACCGGUUCCACUGCAGCUGCGCCCUGAGGUACCUCGGCUCCUGGCUGCAGCGGCACCCGCGGCUGCUGGUCAGCGCGAACGUCAGCUGCUGGACGCCCGAGCAGCUGCGCGGUCAGCAGCUGACGGCCGGCUCAGCCUUCUUCUGCCCGCACUCGCCCGUGCAGAAGGUCGCCGUUCAGGACAUCCAGCCGCACUCGGUGGUGGUAUCGUGGCAGGCCGACCCCGAAGCCGGCAUUCUCGGCUUCCGCGUGCUGCACCAGCGGGCGCCGGACACCUCACCAUGA